AUAAAUCUGCCCGAUUUCUAUCAAAACAUUUUCGUAUUGGAAUUUGGAACUCUAAAAACUGCAAAAAUACAAAAAAUGUACACAGAAGUAGACGUAUUUGUCGGUAAUUAUACUCUAAUUGAUCCCGAGAUAUAUCAGCUGUGGAUUGACGGUUGUUCCUCCAGUGAAGCGGUGUCUACGUUGCAUCAGAGGAACAUUGCUAAACAGACCGGAGCAUCAGUGGAACUGAUUGCCAGCGAUGUGUUGGAUCAUUACCGCACAUUUGCCCUGUUGGAGCGGCUCCUCACAGUCCCAUCGAAGUUAUCCGAGCAGAUGAUCUUCCAAAUUGACGAGCAGACAAAGCAGAUGCUAAUUGAAAAGUAUUACGAUUUGGACGAUGCAGUCAUCAGAGAGUUGUUGGGAAGAAAAUUGUCGUCGCGGCAUCGGAAGGAUCUUGAUGAGGUGUCAGAACGUUCUGGCGCACCGCUGCGUUGUUGUCGCCGUCAGUUUGACAACGUGCGUCGCGUGUUCAAGGCGGUCGAAGAGAUGCCCGGCAACGUGGUGUCAAACAUCCGGACUACCUUCUUAUUGUCAGAACCGCUAGCUAAAAAAUACGGUGCCGUGGUGUUCAUAGCGUGCAUGCGAUUCGAAACGGCCAAGAGGAAGCUGCAAUAUCUGUCGUUCAACGACUUCUAUCAUUGUGCACAAGCUAUAAUGGGCAGCUGGACAUACAGUUGCACAGGACCAGAGUACUACGAUACAGAAAUGGACCGAGAGUUCCUUCUGGAACUCAGGGAGUUGAGGAUCCUGCUGGAUAAAGAGAAAGAACAUAAGCAUUUAAUUUGUAUGCGCCUCAAACCGAAACUUCUGGAAAAGUCAUACCAAGAAUUGGAACUGAACUUUAGGUUAUACACUCGGGCUCUCGUGGGCCUGGCGUGCAACUUGCAUAGAGGCCGCGAGUUACGAUCGUUGUUCAUUGACCUUUUGGAAAGAUGUAUAGAACCACUAAGACUGGGUAGUUGGCCCAAGACAGAUCUGGCCCAGUUUUUGUGCGCGUACGAACAGUGUGCACUACAGAUGGAUGUAUUAAGGGAGGCAGACCUAAAAAGUGUGUGGGAGCGAUACAUGCGCGUAAUAAGUCAGUGUUUGUUAACUAUGUAUCAUAUCUAAUUGAACAACGUAUUAAUUUAUUAUCAAAACAAUAAAUAUGUGUAUGAAGUUAAAAUUG